UUCAAACUAGAAAAAUGGCGGGGGCUCCUGAAGCGGUGGUGGUCGUUCCUCCGCAGGACGAAGAGCUAGUGGCCGCCACAGCCAGCCAAGCUCCGGUCCCCGGCCCUUCCCGAGAGGACUUUCGGGUGCGCUGCACCUCGAAACGGGCCGUGACAGAAGUGCUAGAACUGUGCGGCAGCUUCAUGCAAAAGCUCGGAGAUGCGCUGCCGGAGGAGAUUCGGGAGCCGGUGCUGCGAGACGUGCAGUGGACUUUUGAAUCAGCUGUGCAGGAGAAUGUCAGCAUUAAUGGGCAAGCAUGGCAGGAAGCUUCAGAUAAUUGUUUUAUGGAUUCUGACAUCAAAAAACUUGAAGAUCAGUUCGAUGAAAUCAUAGUUGAUUUAACAACAAAACGUAAGCAGUAUCCCAGAAAGAUCCUUGAAUGUGUCAUCAAAACCAUAAAAGCACAACAUGAAAUUCUGAAGCAGUACCAUCCUGUUGUAUAUCCAUUGGACCUAAAAUAUGACCCUGAUCCAGCUUCUCGUAUGGGAAAUUUGAAACACAGAAGAGAAAUCAUAGCUCAGGAUAUCAGUGAAGCAAUGAAGUCCUUGCCUGCAUUAAUUGAACAAGGAGAUGGAUUUUCCCAAGUUUUAAAGAUGCAACCUAUUAUCCAGCUCCAGAGGGUCCACCAAGAAGUCUUUUCUGGUUGUUGUAGGAAAUCAGAUGCUAAACCUGAGAGCUUUAUAACAAAAAUAGAAACCACACCACCAGAGACUGCGUCCAGGAAAACCUCUGAUGUGGUACUAAAGAGAAAGCGAACUGAAGACUGCCCCCAGAGAAAAUGGUAUCCGCUGCGACCAAAGAAAAUUAAUCUUGAUACAUAAGCUCUUUUUGUUUCUUUUAGGAUUUGGAAAUAGGCACUGUCAACAUUUAGAUUACAGUCUAGAGUUUGGACAGGACUUCACUUAAAACAGCAAAUAACUCUUUUCCUAGUGAUUCUCUGGAAUAUGAUGUCAUGUUGUUUUCAUUUCUCACCAUUGCAUCUGUAGUAGGUGAAAAGCAUAUAAAUAUUUUUUUAAUCUUAGCACUGAGCCCAUCAGUGGGCCUUAGAAUGCAAAGUUUUAUUGUCCUUGAAUGACAUUAACUCUUGACUUGCCUGGCUGCUUUUAUGGAAUUUCCCAAGCAGCACAUUCUGUUGUGUUUCCCUGAUAGACAUUAAAAAAAAAAAAAAUGCUAUGUAAUGUUCCUUAUUUAUGUGCUGAGAAGUAAUCAUUUCUACACAGUGGCAGAUACCUUUUUUUAACAUGCAGUUUGAUUUAUCAAAUUAAUGUGCCGAUGACAAAGCUGGCUUUGGCUGUUACUCUCAUUUCAGCUAAUUUUGAUCUGUAGGAUUAAUUUUAGAAGUUUUUGUUUUGCUUUUAUAAGAAAAUGAAGACUAUUAUCUGUGUAAGAAUCACUCAGAAAUAAAAAUUGGU